UACUCCGGAGCAAACAGAGAGAAAAUCGUUCCUAUGUUCUCUUCUCUAUUUUCUUCUUCCAUUAGCAAACCGGAGUAAAAAGCAAGUAUUUUUUGCUUCUGUUUGCUCCGGAGCAACUUCUGUGUACUAGAACAAACCUAUUAUACAAAACCAUCUGACAACGCUGCUCUAAAGUGAAAAGUGCUCUUCAAACAUCGAUGACAUCUUUUUUGUUUUUUUUCUGUUUUCUCUACCUAUGUUAUGUCUAGGACGAUUUUUCAGAAGGGCGUAAGAGCAAAAUGUAAACAAACCGGUUUUAUGCUUAUGAUUGAAGUUAAUGCUAUAAAUUACCGUAAAAAUUUAAAAAAAAUGUAAUAAGCAUUUUGGAACGCCUUAUCAAGAUUUUUUAAAAACGGCUUAUUUCAACAUUAUGGGAUGUGGAAUCGAGUUGUUGUUACGCCCUCUCUUUUUACUUUAAUGAUUCUGUCAAUAUAAACGAGGUAUUAUACGUUAAUUUGAAUUAACAAUACUCGUAAUAGCUCACUUCAACCUAACAAUCUAAUCAAUUGAAUAGAUUAAAAUAUAUAUUACGUAAUUAGUCUGAGAUUAACAUUAUAAUAGGUUAGUCUUCCAUACGCCCUGCUUUAUCGACCGUUUUUCAUCUGCCAACAUUCAUGCGCCUCUCUAUAACCGCCGUAAAUUGAAAACGUAAUGCUGUAAAGCCCGUCGUUUUCACUCUCGUGCGUGCUAUUAACUAUUUAUUUUUAGAAGAUAUAAACAGGAAAGUAUAAAAUAUUUUUGAAUAGCAUUUCGGAAAUAUGGAUGUUUUACUCAGUAAGUAUGUUUUAUUUUAAAUAAGGGAGCUACAAAUUAUGUUUAUUAUUUUCAGAAGCUGUGGAUAUGUUAGAAAGCGAUUUGGAGGGACGCCUGUGUUCAGUACCAGCUGUUUGGUUCGAGGAGGUAGCUAGCUCAUCGAUGCAGUGCAGGAAUCUUUCAUUCGCAAAUGUGCAUACCUCAACACCUCUUCCAAUGGAUCUAUCAAUGUCUAGCUUUGAAGAGACUCCACUCGACUUAUCGGUGAACAAGUAUGAAUCAUUCCACACCUCCAAUACGGAACCUCUGAAUUUGGCAUUGCCUGCAAUACAUGAUGUUGGUAUUGCCGAUCGUGAGAACAACCUUAUUUUUCCAAGUGAUCGUGGGGCAUUGAACCUUGUCAGCGAUCGGCACGAAGCGAAAACAAUGGAAGUUGGUGGGUCAGUUCUACGAGACAAAAGCAGCGUUUUAGGAACAAACUUACGGUUCUGCUUAUCCCCACGGCGAAAUGAUUACUCUACACGCAAUCCACUGAUUCCUGUUAUAGAGAAUGGAGCAUCGGGAUCUCAACUACGUUUUUGUUUGUCUCCUCGACAAAAGACAGUCGGCCCACUGUCGAACGAUCACGCUACGGACAGUAUUAGUAGUCACUCGUUUCGUCGUCCGCUUUUUCCACCUUUGGCUUCAGGAUCACAACUACUAGCAGACAUUAAACAUGGGAAUAUUGGCGAGAAGGCUGAUAAAGAAACUAGAAGAAACCCAUUGACAAAAACACACGAGUCGGAGAGCGACGAUGAGGACGAAGAUGAGGAAGAAGGCGACACAACGAUUAUCAACGAGUUUACGCUGUUCGAAUAUUUCGAACCGUAUCGUAACCAGUCGGUUGUUGGUCACGAAGAAGACGACGGAAUUGAUAACGAGGAAACAGAUUUAAUAGCCAGGAAACGUACAUCUUCUGGAACAGCUUCAGUACCGUCUCAAAGAGAAACCAAAUGUGGUGAAGGCAAAGAAAAUAUAAACUUACAAAGUACGGUGCCGGAAAAUCGCUCACGAACUGAGUAUGACGGAGGUUUUCGAGAUCCGGGUUUCGAGGAUAUAAACAUAGAUGCAGAACGGAAAAAAGAAUCUAAGAAGCUUAGGAUACUGAACAAAACGAACAAAGAACGCGGGUUAGAGUACAUCCGGGCAGAUGGUACUAAAGUUCCAGCUCGUGCCAUUCAAUGUCCAUGCCACUGCUCGAAACUUAAAUGUGUAGAGAAAUUCGAUGAUGAAUUGCGAACGAAAUUGUUGAGCAACUAUUUACAGCUGACUUUGUCUGGCCAAAAUCAGUUCCUCAGCAAUCAUAUCGAAGUGACGUUUGCGUCGUACCAUAGAGUAAGUAUUGGUAAAACAGUAAAUCUGUGCUAAAGUAGAUGCUGAAUUUCUAAGUGUGCUUUAUACCAAAUAUAACUUCACUUUUGCAUACAACAC